CUUUUGUAAAUAAAUACAUAAAUAAAAUAAAAAAGCAGCCUCUUACAAGAAGAACGUCACUCACAACCAACCGCUCCAAAGAAAAGAAAAGAAAACCACCUUUUAAAGACUAUACAUACACAAACUGAAAUGGAAAAUCCAGUACUCCUUAGCUCUACAGUGAGCCCAACUCUUGACGAGAAACCACCGGUUGUUCUUGAAAAUAAACCAGCAGUGACAACAAAACCAACAACAAAAACAACAAUAGAAGAAACCUUUAACGAAAAGGUUGAACUGGCCAAACAAAACCUCAAAGACUCUAAACCGACCCAGAACUCCAACCACCAGCACAUUCACUGGGCACCUCUUGGUGUACCUCUCGAACGACGACUACAGAUGCUCACAAUGAUCAUCUGGAAUCUUAUGAUUCCAAUCUGUCUGGGAAUCUUUAUCUAUGCCGCGUGCUUUCCUACUCUCUGGCCACUCCUCAUUGCCUAUGUGACAUUCAUUUAUCUUGACAAAGUUCCCGAGAGAGGCGGCAGAAGAUUUGCCUGGAUGAGAAACCUUGGCUUCUGGCGUUAUUUCACCGGUUAUUUCCCUGCCAAACUGGUCAAAGAACAUGAAUUGGACCCAAGCAAGAACUACGUUUUUGGUUACCAUCCUCACGGCAUUAUCUCCAUGGGUGCUCUUUCAAACUUCGCCACCGAGGCUACAGGAUUCAGCAAGACCUUCCCUGGAAUUGUGCCUAGUCUUCUUACCCUGAGCUCCAACUUCCGUAUCCCAAUCUACCGUGACAUUAUCAUGGGUCUUGGUAUUGCAUCCGUGUCCCGUAAAUCGUGUGAAUACAUCUUAUCUUCGGGUGCUGGCCGCUCAAUUGUGAUUGUGAUUGGUGGUGCGGCUGAAUCAUUGGCAGCUCGGCCUGGAAUCAACGACCUUGUCUUGAAACGCCGUCUUGGGUUUGUCCGAAUUGCCAUUAAGCAGCAGGCUCGUCUGGUUCCUGUCUUUUCGUUUGGUGAGAAUGACCUCUAUGACCAGCUAGACAACGCAAAGGGUUCUCCCGUCUGGAAAUUCCAAAAGAAAAUGCAGGCCCUGCUCGGCUUUACCUUGCCCUUAUUCCAUGCUCGUGGCGUCUUUAAUUAUGACACUGGUCUGAUGCCAUUCAGACAUCCUAUAGUUACAGUUGUUGGAAAGCCUAUUGAUGUACCUAAGCUUGAAGAAGGCCAGAUUGAACCUACCCAGGAACAAUUGGAGGCAGUCCAGAAAGAGUAUAUUGAUGAACUGUUGGAAAUCUACAACAAGUACAAGGACGUCUAUGCAAAGGACCGUAAGAGAGAUCUUUGUCUAAUUGAUUAACCAAAACAACAAUAGCCACAAUAGCAACAAUAGCAACAAUAGCAACAACAAAGAAAGAAAGUAUUUCUCGCUCUUUUUUUUUCCCAUCCUCCCUUUCUUUAUUAUUAUUAUCUUCUCAAUUCCAACCUCACUUCCCACUGGCUUUGGCCCUCCAUUUUGCAUAUCAUUUUUUAAAUAAAGCAUUUUCGAGCAUGCUCAGUUUAUAUAUAUC